UUUACGGGACAAAAUCAGUUAUUUUAUGAAAUAUAAUAUAUACGCAAUGAAGCCAGCAUUUAAUGGUUACUUUGAUACAUGCAAACUACCAAUUUGCCAACUUUGUUCAUAGGGAGUUGAACCGUAACAGGAUAUAGCAUGGUUAUUUAUAUCAUAUAAAUUGUUAAAUUUCAUUAUUAGAUAUAUCAUUCUAAAAAAAUAGAAUAGAAUAAAAUAACGGUGUUGGCCUCUAAGUAUUUAGACAUGUAUGCCGGUGAAAUCCAAUGUUGGAGCCACCGCAGAUGUGCUUAUAUCUCAGACACUAUUUUUGGCGCCACUAAACUAACGGUUGAGACUUGUUGAAACUCAAGGCAUUCAUCCAUCCAUCACUCAACAUUAAUCUUUCUUUUUCACAUUUUUGAAAAAUUGAAGAACCCCUUUGUUUCCAAAGGGAUUAACAACAUCAACAUCAACGUUUUCUUAUCCAAUUUCCCUCCUCUUCUUUUUCUUAUCCUUCCUCCAACCUCCCCAUCCUAGUUUCCCGGCAUAUACUCGGGUUUUCGCCAGAAAACCCGACCGCAGAGGAGAGGACACAUGACAGCCCUGAUGGAAACAGAUGGUUUCAAUGAAGAAAAUGGAGAUCAUAAUAGCAUCAACGAUACCCUUGUUGGUGUUCCAUUAGUCUUCAUUGACAAUAAUAACAAGAAAAUCCUCAUGGAAAAAGAGCUUCCCAAUGAGAAACGAGCACCCCUUCAAGAGGACCAAGAUUCUUCAAGCACAGAACAAGAACUAGAUCAAGAUCUUGGUGGCAAUGAUGAAGAUAUGAUACAUGACCCUGUUGAGAUGAAAGUCAAGAUAAAAAAAUCACUGCUCGAAUUCCGGGGCAAAGUGGAGGACGCCAUCCUUAGAAACUACCUCUUAGGGGAGGGCUCUAAGAAGCUCACACCAGAAGAGCUUAAGGACAUAUCCUUAUGGGGUAUCCCUUUGCUUCCAAGCAAGGGUCAUGAAGGCACUGACAUCAUUCUCUUGAAGUUCUUGAAGGCUAAGGACUACAAGGUCUCUGAAGCAUUGGACAUGCUCCAGAAGACCUUGAAUUGGCGAAUUGAGAAUCGCGUCGACCGCAUUCUUGACGAGGAGGAUCUCGGCUCGGAGUUCGAGCAUGCCAGCUUCUUGAAUAGUAGGGACAAAGAAGGGCGCCCUGUUUGUUACCAUCUCUAUGGUAUUUUCAAUGACAAGAGCCUUUAUAAGAAGACUUUCGGGACACAGCAGAAACGUGAGAGGUUCUUGAGGUGGAGGAUUCAACUUAUGGAGAGGGCUGUGAGGAAGCUAUGCUUCAAAGAAGGAGGUGUUGAUUCAGUGAUUCAGGUCUAUGAUCUUAAACGUGCAUCUCCACAACGGAUGAAGGAGCUUGAAUCAAUAAGCAAGCAAGCUCUACUCUUGAUUCAGAACUACUAUCCUGAACUUGUCUGGAAAAAUAUAGUACUACAUGCUCCAUUUUGGACGUACACCUCUCAGGUGCUAUUCUCAAGGUUCAUGAGUCAGAGGAGUAAAAAGAAAUUCAUCCUAGUUAGGCCACAAAGGAUCACAAAGACACUUCUCAAAUUUGUUGACCCAGAACAGCUUCCAGUAGAAUAUGGAGGUCUUAGGAGGGAAAAGGACCCAGAUUUCUCACCUGAAGAUAAGGCUGAAGAGCUCCACAUAAGAGGAAAUACAGUUUCUACGGUUGAAUUUCCAGUCAGUGAGUCUGGAGUGACAGUAACUUGGGAUGUAACUGUGCUUGGAUGGGAUGUGUCUUACAAAGAAGAGUUUGUCCCAGAUGAUGAAGGGUCAUACACUAUAUUGCUUCAAAAUCAAAAUAGGCUUGGUGAGAGUAUUAGAAACUCCUUUUACAUCAAUGAACCUGGGAAGAUAGUCCUAACUAUUGAAAAUGGCAACUACAGGAAGAGGAGAAUGUUCUAUAGAUCUAAGACUAGAAUCACAGUUCCCAUGUUCAUCUUGCUAUCUAAUAGUAGUUAAACCAUUGAGGGGGUUCUUCCAUUUUGAUUUGGUGGAUGAAAAUUGUAUAUUUCCUUUUCAACUUUUUGAGAGAAACCAAGCAACCAUAUAAACAAAAAAUUGAUGAUAUGGCAGAAUAGAACAAAUUUACUAUCACAGGCUAACAUGUAUCUUCCCAAAUCCCAAGUCACUUUUGCAGAAAAUAACAUUA